AUGGCGAUGGACGGGCUGAUGUCCACGUCUUCUUCGGGUCUGGCUUACCACAAUGUCGGGGAUUUUUACCCGAGGAAGUUCGGGCCGAAGCCGGACGUGGUGCCGUCCGGGGUGACGGAGAGGAAGGUGGGCCCGCUGGAUAAACCUGACAUGGUGUCGGUGGAUGUCAUCAGCAUCACGGACUCAGACGUGCCCCUGCACAGGAAGAAGCAUGAGCACGACACCUACGUCUUGGGCACCAUUCAUCCAUUCCGGAAAACACACAGAUCCAUCUUUGGGAAACUCCUGCAAGAAUUCAGACUGGUGGCCUCAGAUAGACGGUCGUGGAGGAUCCUGCUGUUCGGGGCACUCAACCUGCUGUGUACCGGCUGUCUGCUGAUGUGGUGCAGCUCCACCAACAGCAUGGCCUUAACUGCCUACACAUACCUCACCAUCUUUGACCUUUUCAGUUUGAUCACCUGUCUCAUCAGUUCCUGGGUGACCAUGAAGAAACCCAGUCAGCUCUACUCCUUUGGGUUUGAACGACUGGAGGUUUUAUCCGUGUUUGCCUCCACUGUUCUUGUUCAGCUUGGAGCCCUGUUCAUUCUGAAGGAGAGUGUGGAGCGCUUCAUGGAGCAGCCUGAGGUCCACACAGGUCGUCUGCUGGUCGGGACGUUCGUAGCGUUGUUCUUCAACCUGCUCACUCUGCUCUCUGUCAGGAACAAGCCCUUCGCCUACGUAUCAGAAGCGGCCAGUAGCAGUUGGCUUCAGGAACAUGUGGCAGAUCUCAGUCGAAGUCUGUGUGGCAUCAUCCCAGGUCUCAGCAGUGUGUUGCUGCCUCGUAUGAAUCCCUUCGUCCUGAUCAACAUGGCAGGAGCUCUUUCCCUCUGCAUCACCUACAUGCUGAUCGAGAUCAAUAACUACAACGCAGUGGACACAGCCUCCGCGGUCGCCAUCGCCCUCAUGACGUUUGGCACCAUGUAUCCUAUGAGUGUGUACAGUGGCAAGGUGCUGCUGCAGACGACGCCGUCCCACGUCAUCGGCCAGCUGGACAAACUGCUGAGAGAGGUGUCGACUCUGGACGGCGUGCUGGAGGUCCGUAACGAGCACUUCUGGACCGUCGGCUUCGGAUCCCUGGCGGGCUCGGCGCACGUACGAAUCCGCCGCGAUGCCAACGAGCAGCUGGUUCUGGCCCACGUCACCAACCGGCUGCUGCCGCUGGUGUCCACGCUGACCGUCCAGAUCUUCAAAGACGACUGGACCAGGCCUCUCCUCUCCGGGGCGCUCCCUUCCUCCAACCCCUCCUCUUUCACCUCCUCCUCCGUUCCCCCGGGCGCCGUCGAAGGCUACGCCGGCCUCUCCUCCUCCUUCUCCUCCUCCUCCGUCCCCGCUCACUUGACGUCCGCGGGGGGCGACUUGGAUCCGUUGACCUCCACGCCCUCCAAACUCACCAGCCCCCCGCCCGAAUUCUCCUUCAACACCCCGGGCAGGAACGUGCAGCCCGUGGUGCUCCCCGCCCCGCCGCACCACGCCCACCGGCCCUACGCAGGCCUGGGACUCAAUUACGGACCGUCGCCCUACACGGGGAUGCUGAGCCAGGGCCUGGCCCGGCCGGGAGCGGGCCUGCAGGGCGUCGGGGCCGGAGCGGGGAUGAGGUUUGGACUGGGCGCGGCCGGGGCGCCUUCCUCUCAGAGCUACAGAACUGCCUUAGGAGGGUCGACCGCGCCUCUGCGGUUUGGAACCAGCAACCCUGUGGCGUCCCAGUCACAGUACAGACAGUAUCGACCCUGAACGCCACGCUAGGAGAAUUAGGAACAGCAGCAGCGGGCCAAAACUCUGCUGCGGGAUAUUUCAAAUACUUGAAGGAAACGUGAGGCGAUCGGUUGGUUCAUCAUGUCAUGGCUCGCAAAAAGCGUUUCUCAGAACUUCAGAUAUUUGAAACCUUGUUCAAAUCCAUAUUUUUUUGCUCCAGGUUGGACUGGCAGACACUACAAAAUUUCCUCCCAGUGUGGCCACCGCACAAAAAUGUAAAAGAUCUGGGUUGAUUCUCUGAAGUUUUGGUGCUUCAUUUUGUAGUGAAAUCCUCCCCUUUCUUUAGAAGGCGGGGACAAAGGAGUGAGAGCCACAGAGAAUAUAUUAAGGUAUUUAUUUUGAUGAUGAUGAUGAUGUGACCAAGACAUCCAAUGCUGUUGGAUUUUCUGUCUUUGUGUCUUUCGUUUUUUGCAUUAGGAUAUUGGGAAUGAGGGACAUACUUUGAGAAACAAAGCUUUUCUAAAUGUUUGGGGGCUGGUUCUGAGGCUUAUGAGGGACACGAGUUGGAGGAGUGAAAACAAGAGGCGAGGGUGAAGGUUAUCACGUCUUCCUCCUUCACAAAAAGUCCUUUAUAAUUCUCUGUAAUUUCCCUGUCCCUCAAAAAUCCAUAAAUUCUCCUGGUAAGACGUAAAGGUUUUGGGUACCUGCUAAGAUUCGUCACAGCUGAGGCUGUGGUGCACCGGGCGGCUUUUUGGGCAACGUGAGUCGAGACACAGAGCUAAAAUGUGUUUUUAGAUUUUAGAACAAACUUCAAGCUUCUAGAUCACCGAUACCACAAGCGUCCAGUAGCAGGUGGGAAGAUUAGCGACCACUUUCUGGAAGCUGAUGGGGAUCCAACAUAAAGAAUAAGCAGAUCACCCAGACAGUAUUAUUUUUAUUCUUAGACGAUGCUCCUUUGAAUAAUCAUGUCUCUUUUCCACCAAAAUGUUCCUCAGUCUCGCUCUUGGAAGAAGGGUUAGGGCAGACUUCGUUCCCUAACCUCUUGUGAGUUUGUGUUUCCACCGAUUCCCAAAAACAGAGAACUUGAUGCGAAUAAGGACGAGGAGUCUCAUCUUUUUUUUUUUUUUUUUUUUUUGCAACCAGCAGCAAAACAGUAAAUCCGAAAGAUAUCAAAGCCAUUGUUGCACUGUUGUGCUGCUGCAUUUGGUUUUGGAGAAGAAACUUGCGCAGGUUGAAAAUGAGAUUGAGGGCGCAAGAAAACCCAAAGCUGAAAAGAGGAAACUGCUGUAGUCGCCGAGAGAGACCGUGUUUGUUUUGGUCUCAGUUAUGAGCCAAACGAUCUCUAGACAGAUCAGCUUUUUAAUAAUUUGUAUUUUUAACCUCUCGCUCCUCUUCUAUCUGAGAUCCACCAAUCUGUCUAAGAACAGUGCGCACGAUUCUUUGGCACUGCUCGCGUUAAACCUUCGCCCCAGCAGCCCCAACAGGAACCUGGAGAGGAUGACCUCGAUUACAGGGAUCGUUUUAAAGUCAGGAACUGAACCUCCGGGACAAAAAGAGGGACUGGUUCAUUUUUCAGAAGGGGGCGUGAUCUGUGAUAUCUAUGAUCAAAUUUAUUGUGACUAGAAAUUUUUACAUAUUCAGUGAAUUCUGAGACCGCGGAUGAGGCUGUGUUGCCCGAAAAGUUGCCCGGUGCUUUCUUGGCCUUAAAGUCCUGACCUACAUGAUUAUCGCUGCCUACAGUUCAAACAGUCAGUGUUUCAUGCCUCUAAUCAAUCAAUGAACUCAAUAUGAAUUCCAUAAGGAGCUGUUUGUUUAUGCCAGUGAUCAUUUUCUAAGACAAGGUGUCAAUUUUUGUUUUGUUUUAUUCAUUCACGACAUGAAAUUCACUGUUUGUUUGUUUUUCUGCAGAACUUGUUGCCGAGGACAUGAAUUCAGUGAUCGCCACAUGAAAGGCAGAUUCCAGCACAUCUUUACGUUUGAGUUUAAAUAAGACCUUUUCUUACAAAAUGGAUUUAUGGAACACAUGUAAUUUAAUUCCAAUACUUUUUAAAGGAUGGACGGUAACUCCAGCAUUUUGCUGACAAAGUACUUCCUCUACAGAAUGAAUCCGUCAUACUUUAGGUAUCUCGUAAUUGUUUCAGGUAAUCGUUUUUUCCAUAUAUGUCCUCAGCGACCGUUCUGCAGAAAUCAUUUGCUUAUUGAUUUUAUGAUCGUCUACAAAACGGCCUUCUUCUCUUUUGUGCUGUGCUCAGAUUUUGCCUUUUCUUCACGUUUGGCAGAAAUGUUCUUUGGCUUGUCUGGUGGAAACCCAGCUGACACUAAAUCUCUUUUACCACAGGAGAGAUUUUGCGUUUCCUACAAGACAAAAUGUCCGGCCUCUGUGAAUCAGACUUCAGAAAACUGUGUUUUAAAUAUAUUUACUGAUGGUUAUGAAAUUACCAGUGGUAAGGAGCAUUCCGUAUACUCUACAGGGGGAUGUGACUGGGAUACUGAUGGGGCGAAUGGGGACCAUCUUCCAUCCAAGUUUAGGGCUGGGUGAAACCGGAUCAGAGCCGAGAGAAAUCUCAGCACUGAUCCGGGUUCAGGUGUCAGUUUUGGAUUUAAGCUUUCAGAAGCCCUGAAAGGUGAGAAUAUCACAUGAGAAGUGAAAAUAACAGACAAAUAUGCAAAUAUUUCACCACAAAUUAUUUUCCUUCAGCAGAAAAAAACAUCCCCGAGAACCGGUAUGGAAUUUAUACUUUAAAGAAUGGUGUUGUGCCGGAAAGCUCCCAGCGGUGCCCAGGCCUAAUCAGACAUAUUACAUGUAUGUUUAUUUAAAAAUGACUGGGGUUUGGUUAUUAAAAGAAAUAAUAACUUUAACUCUCCA